AUGAACAAGCUUACAUUACUUGCAGGCUUAUGUUUGGUGAUAUGCCAUCUUGGAUCUGCCACCAAGAUGGUGUGCUACUUCACAAAUUGGUCCCAGUAUAGGCCUGGUCAGGGGAAAUACAUGCCGCAGGAUGUGGAUCCCUUUAUCUGCACCACGCUUAUCUAUGCCUUCUCUAUCAUCAACCACAACAAUGAACUGGUUACAUAUGAGUGGAACGAUGAUGUUCUUUACAAAUCUUUCAACAACCUGAAAACCAAGAACCCUCAUCUUAAGACUCUCCUGGCUGUUGGUGGAUGGAACUUUGGUUCACAACAGUUUUCCAUAAUGGUAUCCAAUGCAGCUAAUCGUCAGAAAUUCAUCCAGUCCACUAUAAAAUUCCUGAGGACUCAUGGUUUUGAUGGUCUGGAUCUGGACUGGGAGUACCCAGGUGCUCGUGGAAGCCCCCCAGAGGACAAGCAGAGGUUCACUUUGCUUUGCAGGGAACUUGUCCAGGCCUAUGUUGCUGAGGCCAAGGCCACUGGAAAUCCUCAACUAAUGUUAACUGCUGCAGUGUCUGCUGGGAAGGGGACAAUUGAUGGAGGAUAUGAAAUUGCUGAAAUCGCCAAGGAACUAGACUUCAUCAAUGUGAUGACGUAUGACUUCCAUGGAACUUGGGAACGCUUCACUGGCCAUAACAGCCCUCUGUUUCGUGGCUCUGAGGAUUACGGUGACCUCAUCUACUUUAACACUGACUAUGCGAUGAAGUAUUGGCGUGACAAUGGCACCCCAGUGGAGAAACUCAGGAUGGGAUUCGCUGCGUAUGGUCGCACGUUCCGUCUGACAUCAUCCGACACCGGAGUUGGAGCCCCAGCUAGUGGACCUGCAUCAGCUGGUCCAUUCACACGUGAAGCUGGAUUCUGGGCCUAUUAUGAGAUCUGUACCUUUCUGAAGGGAACUACCCUUCAGUGGAUCGAAGACCAGAAGGUUCCCUAUGCCACUAAAAACAGCGAGUGGGUAGGAUUUGACACCAGGGAAAGCUACGAGACUAAAGUGCGUUACCUGCAGGAGCAGAAGUUUGGCGGUGCUUUUGUGUGGGCCCUUGAUUUGGAUGACUUUGGUGGACAAUUCUGUGGAGAGGGCAAACACCCACUUCUCUCUCAUCUACGCAAACUUCUCAAUAUUGAGCUGCCCCCACUCCCUCCUACUACCACCUCCAAACCUGGUGCCAGCACCACCACUCGUCCGACCACAGCCACAACAGUCACAACCCACGCCCCAGGAUCCGGCUUCUGUAACGGCAAACCUGAUGGCUUGUAUCCCCACCCAGAAGACAAGUCCAGCUUCUAUAUGUGUGCAGGUGGCAUCACCCAUGUGAGACGGUGUGGAACUGGAUCUGUCUAUGAUGACAGCUGCAAGUGCUGUGUUUGGCCAUGA